AUGGCAUCGGAGAAGCACAACGCGCCUGCCGUGUCCGACUCAUCUGACAGCGAUGUAGAGGUUGUUCAGGGUACCAUCAACGAGAAGAAAUUGCUAAGAACACUGGAUCUGAGGUUACUUCCCGCGGUUUCAGUGUUAUAUCUGUUGAGUUUUCUUGAUCGCAGCAAUGUCGCCAACGCCCGUAUCGAAGGCCUCACGGACGACCUACAUAUGACUGGAAACCAAUAUCUCACUGGUCUUACACUGUAUUUCAUCGGUUACGUACUAUUCGAGAUUCCAUGCAACAUCAUUCUCAAGCGAACUACGCCGAAAUUUUGGCUACCGACACUCACGCUGGUCUGGGGGGUUGUCGCAACAUUGAUGGGUGUCACACAGAAUCGAGAGGGCUUCUUUGCCGUGCGUUUCUUUUUGGGUGUCGCUGAAUCCGGGCUCUUUCCAGGCGUUGUGUACUACCUUUCAAUGUGGUACAAAAGAAACGAACGCCAGUACCGCAUCUCGUUGUUCUUCAGCUGCGCUUCACUUGCUGGAGCUUUUGGUGGAGAGGGCCUUCUCACGAUCGUGAUCGCAAUCGUCGCAUAUUGGUUCAUUUCCAACUAUCCCGGCACAGUCAGCUGGCUCAGUAAAGAAGAGCGAGCCUUUGUACAAGCGCGCCUGAAGGCUGAUAGUGACGCGACAAAUGACGAGAAGUUUUCAUGGGCCGAAGUGCGGGUUGCAGCCAAGGACAUCAAGAUCUGGUUGUAUGCCUUGGCCUUUCAUACUAUGAGUCUACCUUUGUAUACUCUAUCACUGUUCUUGCCAACGAUUAUUCGGGAUAUGGGUUACUCGUCAGCCCAGUCUCAACUUCUUACCAUCCCACCUUAUGCGGUUGCGACAAUCUUCACGAUUUUCUGGGCGAUACUUUCUGAGCGCUAUGCCCGUCGUGCACUCUUCAUCCUCACGACGUCCACCGUUGCGAUCAUCGGAUACAUUAUCCUGCUCGCGAACACCGAUCCCAAGGCACGGCCAGGUGUUUCCUACGUUGGGACCUUCUUUGCCGCUAUCGGAAUAUACCCGUCCGUCGCGUUGAUCCUCUGCUGGCCUGCAAUCAACGUAAGUGGACAGACGAAGAGAGCGACCGCGAAUGCCAUGCAGAUCAGCAUCGGCAACUUGGGAGCAGUGCUGGGUACGCAGCUGUACCGCGCAAAUUCCGGGCCGCGAUACGUUCUUGGGCACAGCUUUGCACUUGGGUAUUCAUGUCUGAAUCUGGUCGUUGUCGGGGCAUUAUUGGUGGUUUUGAAGAAGGAGAACAAGGAGAAAGAGAGGAUAUUAUUGGAGAAACCAGAUACUCGCGGUUUCCACGACACAGUGGAGGAUCUGGCCAUGGGUGAUCGUCAUCCGAGAUGGAAGUUUCAGGCUUGA